CCGCCACUCUGCUGUGCUGCAGUGGAUGCUCCAAACAGUGCGCUCGCAACUCAUCACGGCGGCGGCGGUCGCAGCAUCUCACUGACAUUUAACCGCCGUUCUAACACUCUUGGCUUUACCGUCACUACUUCUGAUCAGUGUGUCUGAAUAAAUGUAAGGGCAAGUCAUAGGGAAGACUGCAUACAGGUGGAGAGCUCAGGAAGUCUAUACUUCAGUGUACCUUGCGCAUGACUGUGUGAUUUUCUGCUGUCUUCGGUGGCAAAUCAGCUUGUGCUCUUAGAUGCCUCCUGCUUGUAGACACUUGGCCAGACCAUCAGUAUUCAUGGUCAACCUCGCCGUACUUCGAUGAGGAAAGCUACUCCCCUCCACGCAAAAACAUGAAGGGUCUCUCCGGUGGCCGUCCCGCCCACCACCAGCUCACCUCUCCCACCUCAGCCCACACAUGUGGCUUUGGCGAUGUUGACCAUUCCCUGGAGCAUCAUUUACGGCCCCCGUCCUACCUCCUCAGCCCCACCGAGAGCUGUCCCCUUGAAGGUCGCCAUCGCUUCUCCCCGAGGAGUUCCAUCCACUCGGAGUGCAUGGUGAUGCCGGUGUCUAUGGCGCCCACCGAUCACUCUGUCGCAUGUAGCACUUUUCCACGUAUGCAUUACGGAAGCGCGUCGCGGGAAAGCGGAGGUAAAACCUCCGGCGGCAGGGAUGACGGUUGCUCUUCCUCGUACGGCGGCAGCGGCAAAAUGAACCGAAUCCCAGCCAAUCUACUGGACCAAUUUGAGAAGCAGAUGCCGCUUCACCGAGAUGGUUUCCACACAUUGCAGUACCAACGCACAUCCACCACAACAACGACCACAGAACAGCGCAAUGAAAGUCCCGGGAGGAUCCGUCACCUCGUUCACUCGGUGCAGAAGCUCUUCACAAAGUCACACUCCCUGGAAGGUUCCUCCAAGAUGAACGGUACAAAAAACGAUUCGCAUCGGGAUGGCUCGCACCAUCAUCACCACCACCAAGGCCACCACAAACACAGCAAGCGCAGCAAGAGCAAAGAUCGCAAAGGUGACGGGAGCGGGAGGCAGCGUUCCGGAGGUUGGUGGAGUUCCGACGACAACUUGGACAGUGACAGCACAUACCGACCGCUGAGUGUUAUGUCGCGACACCCUGUGGACCAAAUCAGUCAAUGCUACCCUGAUUCCAUGCACAGCCACUUAACCGGAGACCUGUCGCUAAAGACUUCCAAAAGUAACAACGACGUCAAGUGCUCGACGUGUGAGAGCAUGACACCGGAAGGCAAGUUCAUGAAGAGGAGCUCCUGGUCCACGUUAACAGUCAGCCAAGCCAAGGAGGCCUACAGGAAGUCUUCGCUUAAUUUGGAGAAACCCAUGACGCCAACAGACCUCAAGUCCAACCUCAGGCCGUGUCACUAUCUUCAGGUUCCACAGGAUGAGUGGGGAGGAUAUCCCGGAGGCGAAAAGGACGACGAGAUUCCUUGUCGUCGCAUGCGCAGCAGCAGCUACGUCAAAGCCAUGGGGGAUGAAGAGAGCGGCGAGUCGGAUUCAAGCCCCAAGACAUCACCCCAGAAAUCAGUGCGACCAGAUGCCCUCAUAAAGGCCAUCAUCAGACCCAGAGAGCUGUUGGACUCUCAGAGCUCUUAUCGCCUGGAUAAAAUCAACAGUGACAUGCGUAACUACAUCACCAAUUUUGCUGCAGACUUAAGUCAGAGCUACCACUUGCAAACAGCCAUGCACCCAAGCAUUGCCCUGGACCCCGCUGCACACUACAACUCCCCCAAGUUUCGCUCCAGGAACCAGAGCUACAUGCGGGCAGUCAGCACUCUCAGCCAGGCCAGCUGCGUGAGCCAGGUCAGCGAAACUGAAAUAAAUGGCCAAUUUGAAUCAGUCUGUGAGUCUGUGUUCAGCGAGGUGGAAUCACAGGCCAUGGAUGCAUUGGAUUUACCCGGAUGUUUUCGAACACGGAGCCACAGCUACCUGCGAGCCAUUCAAGCCGGCUACUCUCAAGAUGAUGAGUGCAUCCCUCCCAUGGCCUCCACUGUCACAUCCACCAUCAGAUCUACCACAGACAGAAAUUAUGUGCAGGAAGACUCUUGUUUACCCAAGCAAGCCAGAGCACAUGAGGAUGUGACAGCAGAUAAAGCCCCUUUGGCACAUGAUGAUCUAGGCUGCCCCAUCAGAAGAGACAGGUCUUACCAACAAGAUAACAUGGUGGCUACAGCCAAACCUCUGUCUGGACCACCCGUCUCUCCGAUCCUCUUCAGAUCUCCAAGACCUACUGGAGCAGAAAGGCCUUCACCAAAAGCCAUUCAGGCCAGUAUUAAAGAAUCGGCAACAUUGGCUGCAGCUAUCAGCAUGCAAUGGAAGGAAGAGGUCUCUGCCAUGCGUGUAGAGUUAGCUGAACUCAGAAGGGACCUCUGUAAAGAGCUUCGUGCUUUCAACAGUAAUUUCAAUACAUUCACGAAGCAUUACAACACAUGGUCUCCCCAAAGUUGUAAAAUGCCCGCAGGGGUGGAUUUGAGUGAAGUGGGUGCGGCAGAGGCAAUGACAGGUGCCCAUGCAGGACUGGGUGCUGAAGGAUUUGGAAACCCUGGAGCAAAUCAAAGCACCGGAGGAGCUAAGGAGAAAACAAAACAUGUAUCUAAAGUUUCUGUGGGGACUCAGGCCAGAAGCAAAGCUUUGGUGCGGCAAAGCACUGCAGAUGCCGCCGUUAAUUGCCCAGAAGAGAAGGAGAAGAAGAAAGGGGCACGAAAAAAACUACCAAAGCAGCUCUCCAUGGAUCCAAGUAUUCUUGCACGUCCGCAGUCAAUGUAUGUAGAAAGUGCCAUACCACUUUCAUUGGAUCCAAUUAUCCCAUUCUCUGCUAAAGCAGACAAAACUAGGCCUUUGGAAUUGCCUUAUGUAGGCCUAUCAGCAGAACUGGAACAACUACCUGACCAGGAUGCCGGGGCCUCGUGUGAUCCUGUGACGAAAGAGGCACUCACCUCUGAUGGUAUGGUGCAGCUCGGAGAAAUGUCCUGUGAGAGGCUACAAGAUUUGGUUACAGUUGACCAAGACAUGGGAAUUACUCCACAGCAAAGCAGUGACAACCCUUCAAAUGAUUAUGACUUGGAUACUAAACCAUCUCAUCAAGUUGAAUCGAAAUCCACAGAAUUGGACUUCAUUGAGAGGGAAAAUAUCCGCCUGCCAUAUCCAGUCCCUGUAGUUACCGUGUCUCCGCCCGAGGAUCAUGAGAACGACAUCACAUCAGAUUCUGAGUUCCCGUAUCAUUCUGCUGGAGAGGAACCAGAACCAACUCCAGUGUCGCUAACAAAUACGGAAUUAGAAGAGUCAAAAGGAACAGACCUAAAGGAAUCGGAAUCAAAAGAUAUAGACUUGCGUAUGGCAUCAGCGUCCGACAUAAUUGACGAAAGCCAGAUUUUAAUUCAUGAUGUACCCACAACUGAUCAAGAUACUUCUGCAUCGUGUAACGUGGAGCAAUGUCCUUCCAUUGUGGUAACCGAGUACUUCGACAUAGAUUCUCCAGAGAGUCCAACCGACAGUGAUCCAAAUCCUGACCCCAUCGUGUCCCUUCCGGAAAGUCCUUUCUCAGAGCAAAUGCACCUGGAUUCAGAUUUUCCACCUAGUUCUGCACAAACUCAACCCAACACUGAACCAGACAUGGAAGACUCAGAGUGGCCACCCCUUCCCGAGCCUCUUGAUCGCACUCCAAUAUAUCAUGCCGAUCUGGUUCACUUUGACCUGGUCAUGUUGACUUCUCUAGACCAAGAUGAUCUUGAUUCAGUGUUCAUGGACCCUGAACCAGAGCCAUUUGAUCUAAGUAUUGAUACUCCAUCUACUUUGGACCUGGACAAUCCUUUUGACCAAUCAGAUUGCUGUGAAACUGCAGACUCUGCCACAAUAUGCCCCUUGGAUUCAUCAUUGUCAACAGAUGAUGUCUGUUUUAUACCAACUCCCGAGUGUUGCUCAAAUUCUAGUCGGCUUGGUAGCGUGUCAGUCUCACAGGAACCCCAACUACCACAAAUCACUGUCACAAUAUCACCCCCAAGUUCACUAUCCCCUGAUACCUCAUUGGAAAUGGAUUUUGAACCCACAAGUCCAUCACCAGAGCCUUCAUUAUGUGAUAUUGAUCCAUCUUCACAUGAUCCGGAGGACAUUGAAGUAAUAUCGUUAAUCCAGGAAAGCAUGAAGCCGUAUGAGAAAAUAGAAGAGUCUCUUGAGUCCACGACGUCUUCGCAAGAGCAUGGGGAACUUGUGAAGGAAAACCCCACGGAUAGUCUGGAUCGGUCUUCGUACGAGGAAGCUUUUCUUUGGUACCGGUGGCAGAAAAGGACCCAACAGAAAAAAUCAGUACAGAGGAGUGCAAGUGUAGAACUUUGGAGUGGGAGAUAUGAAUACAACAGUGCAGAAAUCACAUAUGUAUCCCUCACUCUGUGAGCUCGUACUUCAGUCUCAGCAGACAGAAUGUAGCCCAAAGUAUAUCCGUAAUUCACAGUUAAUAGCCGCCACAGUGAUGUGGAGCAAUGGGCCGAUCCAAAUGUAAUAAGAUCAUUGGCAUUCAAAGCAAGGACUUCCUCAUAAAAUUCCACAAAGAAGAACUGUAUUUAUAGCAGCGAGAGCUAUCAUUCUAAGAACUGUCUUCAGCUGUGACAUAUUUACUUAACAAUAAUAAUCCAAGAAUAUUCACUGAAAAUGUUACAACAAAAACUGACUUCCAAUCAAGGACUCAAGUAAUGCCAACUAUUUUGAGGAAUUCUUUUGGACUAUGAAAAUGCUGCAGAUGAACAGUUUUGCAGUAACAACUUCCUUUCUUUGCUUGUACGAACGAAUGUGUGUAUAUCGUCACUCUAAGGUGGAGUGAUAUUUUUGGGAUGGUUAUUAUAUAACUAUGAAUUGCAAGGGUGUUUACUAUGUGAGCUAAUGGAUGAAGAGUCGUAUGAAAUAUGAACUGAUGGUAAUCGAAAAUGCUGGAAUACUGUUAAUGAAAGUUCAGUGUUGCUCAAAUAUAUUCCCAAAGUAAAACUGCAAUGGCAUAUACUGUAAAUUUACUGUAGCUCUAUAUACACACACAAUAAAUAAUCAUAUUCACAUAUGACUGAAACACAGAAAAGUAAAAAAAAGAAGUAAACCUAUUACGAAAUACUCAAUAAAUUAGUAACAUUAAAA